CUUAUCUCAUAGAAUUAAAGACUUUUUUUUUAAAGGUUGACUUUCCUUCUUCCCUUUCAUGCGAGAGCUACCAUGAGCUCCUACUUUGUAAAUCCUCUUUUCUCCAAGUACAAAGGCGGCGAGUCCCUGGAACCAACUUACUACGACUGCAGAUUUCCACAAAGUGUGAGCAGAAGCCAUGCCCUCGUGUACGGUCCGGGCACCACGGCUCCCAGCUUUCAACACCCGUCACAUCACGUCCAGGAGUUCUUCCACCACGGAACCUCCAGUAUCUCUAACUCUGGAUACCAGCAAAACCCCUGCGCCCUGGCGUGCCACGGAGAGGCGUCUAAAUUCUAUGGAUACGAAGCACUACCAAGACAGUCGCUUUAUGGUGCCCAGCAAGAGACGGCCGUGGUUCAAUAUCCUGACUGUAAAUCCUCCUCCAACAGUAACUCUAGCGAGGGACAAGGGCAUUUAAAUCAAAAUUCUUCUCCCAGUCUCAUGUUCCCAUGGAUGAGACCGCACGCUCCCGGGAGGCGCAGUGGCAGGCAGACUUACAGCCGAUAUCAAACCUUGGAGCUAGAGAAGGAAUUCCUCUUCAACCCCUAUUUGACACGAAAGCGGCGCAUUGAGGUCUCUCACGCCCUCGGACUGACAGAGAGGCAGGUCAAGAUCUGGUUCCAGAACCGGAGGAUGAAAUGGAAGAAAGAAAACAACAAGGAUAAGCUACCGGGAGCCAGGGAUGAGGAGAAGACAGAGGAGGAAACCAACGAGGAAGAGGAAAAAGAAGAGGAGGAAAAAGAAGAAAGCAAGGACUGACGUCUCCUUGAAGUCCUCAUUUUAUGGCGGAUGAUAAAUCCGAGAUGUUUACGACGGUCAUUCGCUUUUAUAGAGUAUAGAACGGAGAGACUCACACACAACAGUAACUACCUGUCAAACAGUUGCAGCCCCCUUUUUUAUUGUCACAGUACUUCCC